AUAACUCUACAGAAAGCCAAGUACCAAAGUCCCCGAGAGUCACUUCAUAACGAGACAAUUACAAUCGAAUCUGAGCUUUAAGAAGCCAGUAGAAAGCGUGCGAAGGAACUGUCCCUCAUUUGGUGUCAACAAUGGCAAAGCUAAAACAUGUCCUAUGUAUACCAUUUCCUGCACAAGGUCAUGUCACCCCUCUCCUGAAACUGUCCCAGUGUAUUGCUAAUCAUGGCAUCAAGGUUACCGUUGUGAACACCGAGUCUGUUCAUGCGCAAGUAAUGGCCGCAAACCAACCAGAUGAUGGAUCGAAUCGGAUUAAUUUCGUUGCAUUUCCAGAUGGGCUUGAGACUGAUGAGGAGCGCAAGGACUGGGCGAAGCUGCUGGAGAGCAUAUCAAGAGUGAUGCCGGGUCAUUUGCAGGAGUUGAUUGAGAAAGUGAAGCAGCAGUCAAAGGGCAAUGAAGAUAAGCAGAUCAGCUUUGUAAUGGUGGACCUGAUUGCCGGAUGGGCACUGGAAGUUGCCGAAAGGAUGGGAAUUAAGCGAGCUGGAUUUUGGGCCGCCUCAGUUUCGGCUCUGGCCUUGACACUUCAUAUUCCAAAGCUGAUUGAGGGUGGAGUCAUAGACAACGAGGGCAUUGCUCUGAAGAGUGAUGUGAUCCCGAUAUCGAAGGACCUUCCCUCAUAUAAGAGCGAUGACCUCACCUGGAGUUUCCCUGAAGACCUGACGGUGCAGAAAGUAUUUUUCAAAUGGAUGUUGGCCAUCGUCCAUAACAGCACACAUUCAACCUCAUAUCUUUGCAAUUCGUUCCAUGAACUUGAGGCAUCGACUUGUGGAAUUACUCCUGGAGUUCUCCCGGUUGGUCCAUUGUUAGCAAGCACCCGAUUACUCCAUCAAAGAGGAAGCCUGUGGAAUGAGGAUUCGACUUGCUCGAACUGGCUGGACCAGCAUCCUCCCCAGUCAGUCAUCUAUGUAGCCUUUGGAAGCACAACAAUCUUCAGCCCGGAGCAAUUCUAUGAGCUUGCCCAUGGCCUCGAGCAGAUCGGCCGACCAUUCCUGUGGGUUGUACGCCCAGACAUGACUGACGUGCCAGUCAACAAGUUCCAUGGCACGUUCCUCCAAAGGGUGAAGAAUCAUGGGAAGGUGGUCCAAUGGGCACCACAAGAGGAGGUCCUAGCACGCCCUUCAGUGGCAUGCUUCUUCACUCACUGUGGGUGGAAUUCUACAAUGGAAGGCCUGAGCAAUGGGGUCCCACUUCUAUGCAGGCCCUACUUUGCAGAUCAGCGCCUGAACAGGAGCUUCAUAUGUGAUGUGUGGAGGGUGGGUCUAGGAGUGGAUGCCGAUGAAAAUGGAGUGAUAACCAGGCAUGAAGUGAGGACAAAGAUACUAGCAGUUCUUGGGAGUGAUGAGAUAAAGGCAAAUUGUCAGAGGAUGAAGGAGAUGGCCAGGAAGAGUGUGAGUGAAGGAGGGUCAUCCUUGAAGAAUCUGGAGAGCUUAAUUGAACUCAUAAAGGCUUGAGGGUUUUUAUUUGUUGCUCCUGUUACAGUGCCUAAGAAAGAACUCUGUUUUACUCUUCUUCAAAUUGUUGUCCUCAGGAUAGCUGAUCUUCUGGUCCUCAGUCAAGUACGGGCGAAUCAUGACAAAGUUCUCGAUUUUGUAGGUAAUGAUUGAUGACAACUUAAUUCGCAAUUCAGGAUAAGCAAAUGGUAUGUUAAGGCUCAUAAAAGCAGUUUCAUCAACAGGGACAUGAUCAUAAAAAAGCCGCCGAGGUCUGGUUUCUCUAAAUGGAACAAGACUAAAUUAUUUAGAGACUAAAUUAUGUUCAUUUUCUUAAUGGAUGCGUGAUCAACUGCUUCAACUGUUAGCCUCUGUAUAAAUUUCCUCCAAUUUGCUGGAUACUCUCCAUUAAGAAAAGCGAAGAUUUCUGUUUUAUCUCCUCGGCCAACUGAUUUGAGAAGAGAUCUUCCUGGAGUCAUGGGAGCUGCGCUAUGUCCACUACUUGUGGACGAAUUCCUCAUCUCCCACACUGAGAAGACAUUCCACCUCCUCUGCCCCCAAGACUUGCUUGAUGAUAUGCGCACUAAGAAGAGGACUCGAUGUGCUCCGACUGUGGAUUUUGCCUCACCAAUCUGUCUUGGGGAACUACAAGAUAUCAAUCCACUGUCACAACGAACAGGCAAUUGAACAGCAACGCUGCCAUAUGUAGGGUCUUGAUGCAGCGUAGAGUCACUAAGCCUCCUCCUGGGAUGAUCAUCUACUUCUGCUCAAAUUCAAUGCUCAUGGCCUGGCCAUCUUGCAUCUUUCCCCUUCAUGACCUGUUCAGCUUCAGUUUUGGGCUUUCUUACACCACCAUUAUAUGGUCAAGACUCACCUGAGCCAGUUCUUCUGCCAAUGGCUCCACAAUGAACCAUUGAGUCUCCUCUGGUUGGCUUCGUAUCCACUUCUAUAGUGCUUGUGCUUCAACAUGCUGCCUCUCGCUCUGCAACUUUUUGUGAACCUAGGUAGACCUCCUUCUGGGUAGAAGAGGUUUUGGUACUAGGUUCACUAGUUAUAUGCGUUCCGUAAUUGCCUUGAGCACCAUUUGAAUUUCUUUUCUCACGACCUUUUCCUUUUCUUGCUCUCUCAAAGUAGGCUGUAUAAGGAACCUAUCUCCAUUUUCCCAGUUUCCAAAUGUUGGGAACUGUGAGCGCUGUUGCUACGUUAUCCAACAACAGAGUUGAAAACGACCAAGCAAAAUGACUGUAGCCCAUCUUCUCCCAUGGUUCCAAGUAAUCUCCUUGGCUAUCCAAAUCAGACCCCUGACUGAGCCCAAG